CUUCGGGUUGCUUGCCCAGCUUGCCUCAGUAUCUGUAGCGGCUUGCUUCAGCGUUUGCUGCGGCUGUUGGAGCACGCGGUGCCCAUCAUCAAGAUUGACUGGGGACCUGUCGAAUGGAAGUCGGUCAAGGCUCUGCAGGUCAGCACGUCUGAGAGCGGCGACCGGGGUAUUGGAUGACCUUGAGGCAGCUGGCCUUGAACAAGGACGCCGGACAAAGCAAUAUUGGACCUCGGAUACAGUAUCUACUACAAUAAGUCAAAAAGUUAGCCCGAUAACGGCAAGUGACACCUUGUGA